AUGUCUGGUGUAAUCGAGUCAGCUCCAGUUUUGUACGGCAAAGGAGGUCCUUCAUCUUCAAAAGCGGCCGAAAAACAGAAUGUUAUUAUAGAACCUCCUCCAGCUCCUGCUUUCAAGACCGUGGUAUGUUUUAACUUAUUCUUUGAUUUUUUAGGCUUUUGUAGUUGACUUUGUUACAAAGAUAUUAUAAUUGAACAAUUACUUUGUUAUUUACGUAAAAUGUCAGUUUAUUAAUGUUAUGUGAGUUUAUUUUCACGUUUUCUAGGCUCUACCCUCUGAUGUGGAACUCAUCCAAGCAAGGAAGCAAGCUGCUGAAGCCCACAAGAACUCUUACUUGGGCCAAGUGAUGAAAGGUGAUAAGAAGAUGAAGAGGUUUGUCAGAACUGGUGGUGGUCAAACUUGGGAAGAUCCUUCUUUGGCUGAAUGGGAUCCCAACGACUUCAGAAUCUUUUGUGGUGACCUUGGAAACGAAGUUUCUGACGAGUUGUUGUCUAAAGCGUUUAGGAAAUAUGGUAGCUUUCAGAAAGCGAAGGUCGUUCGGGAUGCUAGGACAAACAAGCCUAAGGGAUAUGGAUUUGUGUCGUUUAAGCUUCAAGAUGUAAGUGAUUAGUCUAAGAUUGAUUUUUAAUGUUUGACUUAUAUUUUAGUUGUGUUUUUCGUUUUUGUAUAUAUAUUCAAAAUGUCUUAAUGUUUAUAUUUUUAGGAUUUCGUAAGAGCGAUGCGCGAAAUGGACGGUAAAUAUGUUGGCAACAGACCUAUUAAACUCCGAAAGAGCACUUGGAAAGAUAGAAACCUUGAUCUAGUCCGAAGGAAAAACAAACAAAAGCAGAAACUUGGACUUAUUUAA